AUGGCAACAAGAAACAAUUGUAUUUGCAAGUUUGUAUUUCUCAGACUGUUUCGUUUAAAUUACGUAAACGUUCAAUGCCUCCCAAAAAGAAUGGAAGAGGGAGCGGAGAUAAAUCACUUAAAAAGGGAAGUAUGAAUCCCGAGCAGAAAAACGACGAAGAAUUGACGGAGAGUGACAAAAACUUUUAUCGGGCUCAAAUACGCGACUUGGAGGAGCGACUGGAAAGAUACCAACAUAAAUGUGAUGAAUUGGAGGUUCAAGAAAAGGGCUUGUACUCUAAGAUCAAUAAUUUGGAGAAAGAGAAGAAAGACAUAGUUCUCUACCUGAAACGCACACUGGCUCAAAAAGAGGAUGAACUGACUGAUCUGGCUGAGACUUUAUCAAGACACCAGCAAGCCCAAGAGGCUGAGAGGGAGUCCUUUGAGUUACAACUGAGCCUGCUUAGACAUGAACUUCAGGAAAAUAAGGAAAAACUCACAUCUGAGAACAUGGCGCUUGCUGGUAAGCUGGCGUCUUUGGAGGAGUUUUCUAUGCAGAGAGAGAAGCUCAUGGCUGAGCGCAGGUCUUUGAAAGAGCAGCUUCAAAAGCAAAAAGAAGAACAUCAAGCUCACAUCUAUAAUCUGGAGAAAAAAGCUGUACUGGACAAUGACAGGCUAAAGAAAGAAAUGCUGCAACAUGUUGCUGCUGUAGCAGCUGAAUUCCGGUGGGUUUCAGACCAGAAGAUGCCCGAGACGACAAAGAGGGCCAUGCAAGAAAACCUCUCUGUGACAGCUCAACUUCAGCAGCUCUCAGACAAGACCAAGGAGCUGCUGAAGGAGAAUGAUGAUCUGCGAGCAAGAGAAAAGCAACUCAAAAUCGAGAAUGCAAUUACAGAACCGCUGAUACAUGAGAUAACCAAGAAGAAUGUUGCCAAUCAAAAGGUAGUCCAUCAAUUGACAGAAAAGUGCAAGCAAAUGCAGUCUGAAGUGGAGAAAUGUGCCAAACUUAAAUUGGAGCAGCAAGAGCUGCUUGACAGUCAUUCUGCAGUAUGCACAGAGCUUGAUGCUCUCAGACAGAAACAUGCAACAGAUAUAGAAGUGCUGUACCAAACAAAAGCUGAAGCCAAGAGACAGAGGAAAGAGCUUGAAGAGGAAAGGACGCUGAGAAAACAGCUAAAGACAGUUCUUGAGGAAGCAACCGUAGCUUUAAAGGAGGCCCUAAGGGAGAUCCCUAAAGAGGAAGACUCAGAACUGAAGAUUAUUGUCAGACGAAAUCAGAUGAUGCAGAAGCUGCUGGCUGUGCUGGACAGUGCUGCAGCUUUAGGAAACGGUCCAGCUCUUACUGAGUUCCUGCCAGAGGUGACUUGCAGUCAUGAUCUUAAAAAACCCUCUGACAUAAAAAGACCAUGUGAACUCCUCCAGAAAUCCACUUCACAUCUUUCUCACUUCAAAACUGGAGACCUUGGGUUGGUCCCUCGCAAAAGACACACUACAUUAAAGAUAGGAAAUCUCGCUAGGAGUGCUUAUACCUAUGUAAAUAAGUAAGUAUUUAGCUUGUGGCACAUCAACAGUAUACACAUCAUGUGAUCAUGGAUAUGAAAUAUUGUUAAUAGUGCAGCAGAUGAAUUUUGACCAAGCAAUUCAUUUAACUUUUUGACUGUUUUCUUGUCUUAUCAAGUCUUAACAAUCAAGUGAUAAAUCACUGGCCUUUUCAUAUACUUGAUCAUACUUG